UUCCGUAUCUACAAUUAUCAGUAAAGAAAUUCCAAUUGUGUAUUUCGUUAUUUGAUGAGUAUUGUAACUAAAAAUGUUAAUGAUGGUCUUGUUGUUUCGCUUUUUCCUAAUGUUUCGCAGUUUGCGCUAGCGCAGAGAGUGAGAAAACGAUAAUUACGUUGCAAAGCAGCGAGCGCGAGAGAAAUUGAAGAUUAUGUUUGUAUUUUCUGUCCAUUAUAACGCCAGUGUAUUUAUCAGCGACUUAAUUUAGCGAUUAGAAAAAUUGUGAUGUGUAUGAAACCGGUAGGAAAAUAGUAAAAACUUAAAGUUGAGUUUACAAAAUGUUGUGAAAUUUUGAUUCCAAUGCACACAUUUCAGAUAUUUCUGAUAUUAAAAUUUGAAUAAAUAAGCCGCUUAGCGGAGGUUCUUUAAGAAUACCAUUUGCUCUUUUCGAGACCCAUGUGAAAUGCCUUAUGAAAAAUUCAACAAAAAGCGCCGACAAUGGGAGGAUAAUGGAGUUUUAGAAUUAAUUAAAUUGUGGAAAGUUUGCGCCUAUGAGUUGCGCACGAUAAAACGCAAUGGCCAUUUGUAUGUGGCUAUGGCAAAACAGUUAACCGCUUUGGGUGUACCUGUAUCAGCACUAGAAGUACAUUUUAAAGUAAACAAUUUGACUCAACGUUACCGGCAAGAGCAGAAAACCUUUGAAACAACUGGUAUUAUAAGCACGUGGAAAUUCUAUUCGCAAGUGGAUGAUGUUUUCAAAAGUCUGGCCGGACAAGCAGGUGACAAACGCAUUAUGACACCGGCAUCUAACCCGAGCACUUUACCUUCGGCUUCAGAGUCUCCCGUUUGGAAGAAUCAAAUGUCUCAACAAGAGUUCAAUAGUAAUAAUUCCGAAGGAUUUUAUAAAUCUGAAUAUGGAAUGCACAGACAUUUUAUGGAUCACACUCAACCUCCACCCAAUCAAAACAACGAUGUCAACUUUAUGGCUACCACCGCAGCAGCUGCAGCUGUUGCCGCCGCUUCAGCGCAACUUAACACAGCACCUAAUAACAACACAAACACCAACGGAGUUCUGCCAAAUUACAAUAACAAAAUGAAAAAACCUUCCGAGGAUUAUGAUAAAUUCGUAGAUAUUGUCAAAAAUAUUGUCGACAAUCACAAGGCUACUCCGGACAAAGUGGAUACUUUCGGCGAUUUCAUUAAGUCGUAUAUGAGACGCUGGCCCGAUCGCCUACAGGAUGAAGCCAUAAAUCACAUAACAAACUAUGUCAUUGUUAAAAAUAUGGAAAAUUCGAUGAAUAAUGGGGAUGGUGUGAAUAAUAGACAAUAAUAGAAGGGUAGCAAUAAGGAUGGGUUACAUAGUAUAUUGGUACGCAAGAAAUUUGCAUGUGUGUAGUAGCCUUCAGUACGGGUUUAAGUACAAGAAGAACGUUACUUAAUAUAAAGUAAAUCAAAAUUCUCUCUUUUGGAUUUCUAAGCAUAAGUUAUGUGUAUUCUUUUAAGGAUAGGAAAAUAUACAUACAUAAAUAAA